UUUGGUUUCGUUUUCGGUAGGAAAGCGGAAAUCCCCAUAUUGCAGCAUUACAAUCUGAUAAUGAUUAGGCUAUUGGCGUCAUAUUAUAUCCAUCAGAUUUUUGUGUUUCCUUAAUCAACGUGCAAAUGUCAACACGUACAGUGUUAUAAAUGUUGAAGAAGAUGUUAUUGCUCAAGACUUCUUAGACCUUCCAAAAGCACAAACCUCAAGAAGUGUAACCUGGAAUGACAGAGCCGCAAGAAAACGAAGAGGCAAGGACUGUCCACGAGUCUGUCCCCAAAACGGAAACAUCAGGCCCGGGGGACAUCAAGGGGGAUCCACGAAGCAUUGAGGAGAUCAAGAGAAGUUUAUUUACCGCCACUCCAUCCAACGGACCUCAUGAUAACUUAGUGGUUCUUACCGAGAGCAGCCAACCGAACGCACCCCCGGAACCAGCCCACCAAGCGGCUACAUGUAUGGACCUGAACGCAUCUGGGAGUUCAUUAGGGUUCUCUUUCCAUGAACCCGAGGAAAACGACGAGCGGGAAUCCCCCGAAUGUUCAGCAAGACCCGGUCUCUCCCGAACCAGCUCGCGGAGUUCCGGCUAUGUUGGCUCAGAGACCUGUGAGCAGCACAUCCACACAGAGAACACCGCUCCCCACGACGCAAUAGCAAUGAGGCGGGCGUACAUCCAGCGGAAGUCCAAUGACAGCGGGAGUCUAGGUAGCAGCCUCACGACAGAGGAGAUGAGACGGCUGUAUGAUACAGAGUUAUACAUAGCUGUGUGUGACACAUGUAAAUUACUACGAGAAGCCUGUCCCUCAAAGGAAACGGUCGGUUUCUGGGACGAAGUUGAUAUGAUUGGAGGUGAUGAGAGAAAAAAGUGUCAUUCCAAAUUCUGGAUACCCUUUUUGAGCAAACUGAAGUCUACUUUUUCUGAUGAGGAUGGUUUCGGCAGUAAACAAGUUGUUCAUCUACUGAAGACAUUGCUAGGCGUGGAAGGGGACGAUGAUGGUGAAAUUUCACUUUCAAAAUUGGUUAACGUCGUGCGAUAUUUUGGUCCCAUAAAGAAAGACGAGGAAAACAAAUGCAUCCUAGUUCGACACCUGGUUGACAUAGUUAAAAGGUCACUGGUGCCAGUACUGAUUGGUAAAAAGAAAGUGAAACAAAGCUGGUUUGCAGGCGCCAUGACGAGAGAUGAAGCUGACGAAGCUUUAAAAGAUGAGAAAGAUAACACGUACCUUGUCAGGAUGAGUGUGAGUGGAUCAGACAGCGGGAACUUCGUUGUGUCUGUCAAGGACUCGCAUGGCAUUCACCAUUUUGAAAUCGAGGGAAACCCUGCAGAAUCCUGUAAGAGCCGCUCCCUAAACUGUCACCUGGCAUUUAUUGGCAACACGUACGAUUCCCUCCCAAGUGUCAUAGAGGACUUAAAAUACAACGCCAUCAGAGACGAGGAGGAGGACAGAGAUGUACAUUGUACCUACAUCUGUCCGAACCUGCCCUUCAAUAGCGUCAUUGCGCCGUACAAAAACACAAAUUCUAAACGCAAAUAAGACUUUAGGCAUAAUUGCGCCAUGCAUCAAUCACAAAUAUACAUGUACAUGGAAAAUUAAUAUACAGCAACACUGUGCUAUUUAAAAACAAAAAUACUACACGAGACUUUCGAAAUGUGCCAUACAAAAUUCAAAUUGAUGCAGAGAAAAUGAUUCAGAGCGCCAUCACUCCAUUCAACAAGUAGAUAAAAUCGGGUACAACUACUGAAAAAGAUUUUGAGAUUUAUGAACAUGCAAAUUAUGCUAUUUUUUGAUAUAAUUGAAUGUUGCCAGUACGCAAAUUCUCAAGAGUUAAACUAAUACUCCAAAGGCAUUGAUUGUAUAAUAUCACUCAUUCUGCUUUGCUUUUCACAUUGAAGAGACAGAACAUACUGAUUGUUAUAUUACUAUUAUGAUAUGCUCAUAACUGUGUGUGCUAACUUAAUGCGUGUGUUGUUUUUUUUGCUUGUUGUUUUGUUGCAAUAUUUAUACUGUAUAUGACUCAUUUUUUUAAAGAUAUAUGUCGACCAAUAUUUUACAAAUAUGUCCGUGUUCCCUACAAUCAGCAGGCUAGAAAUUUUACCAUGAAUUCUCCACGAUUUUACACGUGGUUUAAAGGGACUUUGACACAAUUUGACUGAACAUUUUCAAACUUUAUUUUUCUAUUUUCAAUGUUUUUACUGAUAAAUAUAGAAGUUAAUAAUGCUAUGUCAAAAUUUGAAACUCAAAUAUCAAGUUAUAAGCAAGAUACAGAGUUUAUCAUUCUUAGUUUUGUAAACAAAGCUUGAAUAUUUUGAUUUUUUACAUAUUCGUUGUAUUGGUGUAAAUUUAAUCAAAUAUAACUUUAUUUUGCUGAUAAUAGUAUUUAAGAAGAUAUUAAAUUAGUUUAAAUUGUUUUUACAUGUCAUUUUGUCUAAGAAAUGGUAAUUCUCUACAUUACAUUUUUUGUAAACAACUUUAAGACUCGAGCUUUGUUUACAUAACUAUCAAUUAUUACCUCUGUAUCUCGCUUGUAACUUGACUUUAACAUUUAAUAUCUUGGUAAAUCACUUAAAAUGCGCCAAUAAACCAUUUUAUACAUAAAAAUUUAAAAAAAUCUUGAUCUCAAAUCGUCCCUUUAGUUAACCUUUUUCCCAUUGCCAGAACAGUGGUGCUUGUAACUAAACUAUGUCAAGGUCGUCGUCACGGUUAGCUGGUGCAAUGAAAUCGACGGGUUUUACAAUGUCUUUUUUUUUUUUAGCAUUUUCUAGAACCAAAGUAUUAUAUAGAUGCUUUAUAUUCCAUAUGUUUGAUUUAGUAUUGACUUUCUAGUGGAUCAUUUAUUCUGUGUGUUAUAAUUUUUUUAGGGCAUAAUAGAAAAUUUAUUGUUUACAUUUUCCUAUUCUUUUGUUUAAUAUAUUUUCAUGGUUUUUUUUUCAUGGUUUUUUUUAAAGAACUUUAGAUUUACGUCAAUCAUAAGUUAUCCAUGAAUAUAUUCUUACCAUAUACUCUACAGUUUGGGGAUUGAGUUGAAUCUUUUUUAAUUUUAUAUGUAACCCAAGACAGUAAACACAGUAUAUCUACACAUACUGUUACGGAUUACGGACUAUUUAGCAGUGGGUUUUAAGACCCUCCUCUUGAAUUGAGAGAUCUUUUCGAUUUUUGUUUUGUAACCAAUGUACAUGUUUUAUGGGAAUAAAAGACACAUGAAACGGAUA